CGUUCAAGUUCUGCCUUCAGUACACCCGUAAGGCAGAAUUUCGCAAGCUGUGCGACAACCUGCGCAUGCACCUGGGUCAGAUCCAGCGGCACCACAACCAGAGCACCGCCAUCAACCUGAACAACCCCGAGAGCCAGUCCAUGCACCUGGAGACGCGCCUGGUGCAGCUGGACAGCGCCAUAAGCAUGGAGCUCUGGCAGGAAGCAUUCAAGGCUGUUGAGGACAUCCAUGGCCUGUUUGCUCUUUCCAAGAAGCCCCCCAAACCCCAGCUGAUGGCCAACUACUACAACAAGGUGUCAACUGUGUUCUGGAAAUCUGGAAAUGCUCUCUUCCACGCCUGCACCCUCCACCGGCUCUAUCACCUCUCCAGGGAGAUGCGGAAGAAUCUGACCCAAGAUGAGAUGCAGAGGAUGUCCACCAGAGUCCUCCUGGCCACGCUGUCUAUUCCCAUCACCCCCGAGCGCACUGACAUCGCUCGGCUGCUGGACAUGGAUGGCAUCAUUGUGGAAAAGCACCGCAGGUUGGCCACGCUCCUCGGCCUGCAGUCCCCACCAACCCGGCAGAGUCUCAUCAAUGAUAUGGUGAGAUAUAACUUGCUGCAGUAUGUCGUACCCGAAAUAAAAGAGGUUUACAACUGGCUUGAGGUCGACUUUCAUCCCCUGAAGCUGAGCGGAAGAGUGACCAAGGUGUUGAACUGGGUGAGAGAUCAGGCUGAGAAGGAGGCUGAUCUGCAGCAGUAUGUCCCUCACCUGCAGAGUAACACCAUCCUGAGGCUCCUGCAACAGGUUGCACAGAUCUACCAAAGCAUCGAGUUCACCCGUCUGGCCUCCCUGGUUCCAUUUGUGGACGCCUUCCAGCUGGAGCGCUCCAUUGUGGACGCUGCGCGGCACUGUGAUCUGCAGGUCCGUAUAGACCACACCUCUCGAACUCUAAGCUUUGGCUCUGACCUGAACUAUUCGACCAAAGAGGACUCCCCUGUCGGUCCUUUCCUACAGAACAUGCCCUCAGAGCAGAUAAGGAACCAGCUGACCGCCAUGUCUGCUUCUUUGGCAAAGGCCAUCCAGGUUAUCAAGCCUGCCUCCAUCCUGCAAGAGCGUGAUGAGCAGAGCCAGCUGGCCAUUGCUGCCUAUCUCAAAAAUGCCCGCAAAGAUCACCAGCGCAUCCUGGCUCGUAGACAGACCAUUGAGGAGCGUAAGGAGCGCCUGGAGAGCCUGAACAUUCAGCGUGAGAAGGAGGAGCUGGAGCAGCGGGAAGCUGAGAUGCAGAAGGUUCGCAAGGCUGAGGAGGAGCGUCUGCGCCAGGAGGCCAAAGAGAGGGAGAAGGAGCGCAUCAUGCAGGAGCACGAGCAGAUCAAGAAGAAGACAGUCCGUGAACGACUGGAGCAAAUCAAGAAGACUGAACUUGGAGCCAAGGCCUUCAAGGAUAUUGAUAUUGAGGAUCUUGAGGAGCUGGAUCCCGACUUCAUUAUGGCCAAACAGGUGGAGCAGCUGGAGAAGGAGAAGAAGGAACUUCAGGAGCGUCUGAAGAACCAAGAGAAGAAGAUUGACUACUUUGAGAGGGCAAAACGCCUUGAAGAGAUUCCUCUUAUCAAGAAGGCUUAUGAGGAGCAACGUAUCAAGGACAUGGAACUAUGGGAGCUCCAGGAGGAGGACAGAAUCAGUAACAUGAAAGUGGAGCGGGAGAAGGCUCUGGAGCACAAGAAGCGCAUGUCCAGGAUGAUGGAGGACAAAGAAAACUUCCUGGCCAAAAUAACUGAUGCCCGUAGCUUCGUUUAUGAGGAAAAACUGAAGGCUUUCGAGGAGCGCUUGGUGGAAGAGAGGAAGAAGCGUCUGGAAGAAAGGAAGAAGCAGCGCAAAGAGGACAGGCGUAACAAUUUCUACCGCCAGAAAGAGGAAGAGGCACAGCGUAUCCACGAGGAGCAGCUGAAGAAAGAGCGCGAGGAGCGUGAACGUCUGGAACAAGAGCAGCGAGAGGAGGAGGAGCGGGAGUACCAGGAGCGUCUGCGUAAGCUUGAGGAGCAGGAACGGAAGCAGCGUGCUCGUCAGCAGGAGAUCGAGGAGCGAGAACGCCGUCGCGAGGAGGAGAGAAGGGUCCCCCCAGAGGAGAAAGCCAAGGACUGGGGUGAGAAGGAGGAGAAGAAGGAGGAGGGAGGGUGGAGGAGGCGCACAGAUGCGGUUGAAACAUCAUCAGAGUGGCGUCGUCCUGCGGCUGUGCCUGAGAGGGACUGGAGAAAGGAGGACCGUGAAGAGGACAAAGAGGAGAGAGAGGUGCCCUUCAGGCGAGGAGAUGCUCCCCGCAGGGGCGCAGAUGAUCGAGGACCCCGUCGGGGCUUUGACGAUGACCGACCCCUGCGUCGCGGCGGCGAAGAAGACCGUCCUCUGCGCCGAGGCCUGGACGAUGACCGUCCUCUGCGCCGAGGCUUUGAUGAAGACCGCGGCCCAAGGAGGGGUGGAGAUGAAGACCGCGCCCCGAGACGUGGCUUUGAUGAUGACCGUGCUCCCAGGCGUGGCUUCGACGAUGACAGAGCUCCCCGUAGAGGCAUGGAGGACCUGAGGGGUCCCAGACGUGGGGCCGAUGACGACUGGGGAAGAAGAGGAGGAGAUGAUGACAGAGGUGGAAGGAGAGGCAUGGAUGACGGGCCACGUCGUGGUGGUGAUGACCUCAAACCCUGGAAGCCCCUGGUCAGAUCUGUUGCAGGUGGUUGGCGUGAGCGGGAGAAGGCCAGAGAGGAGAGCUGGGGUCCUCCUCGCGGUGAAGCCAGUGAAGAUAGAGAUGAAGGUGAAGGAGAGGAAAAUCCCAGAGACCGUCGCCCACCAAGGGAGGAAAAUACCUGGAGGAGAGGAGGCACAGAGGAGGUAAGCGCCUGGAGAGGCAAAGACGACGCCGACCGUGACGAGCGCCGUGGUGAAGAGCGCCGCGUUGAACGCCGUAUUGAAAGCCGUGGUGAAGGCCGCGGUGAAGAGCGCCGCGGUGAACGUGAAGUCAGAGCCCCACCCAGAGAUACUGAUGAAGGAGGUUCUUGGCGUCGUGGUGGCGAGGAAAAGAGGGAGGAGCGGCCCAGAGAGAGGGAGCGUGAGGUUGAUGGAGAUAAGAGUUGGCGCAGUGACAAAGAAAACCCUCGUCGCACCAAGAACGAGACAGAUGAUGAUGGCUGGACCACCGUCCGCCGCUGAGCAACAAUCUCUGCAUCUAAUUGGCUCGGUUAAUUGGCUUUGAACAAGAAAAAUACGAAAUACUAAUAUUCAGUAUCCCAUCAGCCAGUUAGCCACAGUGGUGAAUGAAUGGUUACAAGCUCCUGAUACUCAUGUGCAUUGUUCCUUUGAAUGAAAUAUUUGUAGACUGUAGUUUUUUCUGGGGAUUUAUUUUCCAUUUAUCUUUAAUAAUUUUGAUUUUCAGCUGUUUUUGAACCAGAAGCUAUGAACUUGUGUGCACUUAGGCUUCACGCAAACCAUCAGUGUGAACAUGACUGCCCCCAGUGGUUAGGAGUGUCACUACCUUACAUGAUGAAGUGAAACUGACUCGAGUGAAAACACGUGUACCUGCUCCGGCUGUCAAUCCAAACUCAGUGUAUCACCAACUGCCUCUUUUUAAAUAAUUAACCUCUGCAAUUUGUCAUCUGCUUCAGUGAUCUCUGCUCCUCAUCUAACCCUUCAGAUGCUUCUUAACCUGGUUAAGAUCUAGUGGAAUUUACAUUUUGAUGUGCAUGCAUAGAGUAUUAAAUUGGUCCUGCUUGAUCAUCCAGUAUGUGGUUCUAUCUUGCUGCAGUCCAAGGUAUCAAAACCAGGUUGCAUGUGUACAGAUAAAGCCUUUAUUAUAAAAAAAUAAAGAUGUUUGCUCACCACCUAA